CCAGCUGCUGCGUUGCUCUGGCUCCAGCGGCCGGCGAUCGACCUUGACGUCGGCCUGCAACCAGCUCUCCAUCCGCGCUUCUUCUUGCUUCUUCUUCCUCUUCCUCUUCUCAUUCUUUUUCUUCUCCAAAUCGCCCCUCUCCACUCCGCUCCAUCGUGCCCCCGUUCGAGCGGCCAUCACAAUGCUGUCCUCGACAUCAAGGCUCGCCUCCAGGCGCCUGCUUGGCCGCCGCGGCUUCGCAAGCGUCGUCGACACCUCCAAGCUCGACAGGAAGGUCGAGAUGAACAACUGGGAGAAGGGCCACUACAUCAACUACAAGAAGAUGUACGAGAACCUGCAGGUCGUGCGCAGCAGGCUGAACAGGCCCCUCACAUACGGCGAGAAGAUCCUCUACUCGCACUUGGACAACCCGCACGAGCAGGACAUCGAGCGGGGCGUCUCCUACCUCAAGCUGCGUCCGGACCGCGUGGCCUGCCAGGACGCCACGGCCCAGAUGGCCAUCCUGCAGUUCAUGUCGGCCGGCAUGCCGUCCGUGGCCACGCCCACCACCGUCCACUGCGACCACCUGAUCGAGGCCCAGGUUGGCGGCCCCCAGGAUCUGGCCCGGGCCAAGGAGAUCAACAGGGAGGUGUACGACUUCCUGUCCAGCUCGUGCGCAAAGUACAACAUCGGCUUCUGGCGGCCCGGCUCGGGCAUCAUCCACCAGAUCAUCCUGGAGAACUACGCCUUCCCCGGUGGCCUGCUCAUCGGCACCGACUCGCACACGCCCAAUGCCGGUGGUCUGGGCAUGGUCGCCAUCGGCGUCGGUGGUGCCGACGCCGUCGACGUCAUGGCGAACCUGCCCUGGGAGCUGAAGGCCCCCAAGUACAUUGGUGUCAAGCUGACCGGCAAGCUCUCGGGCUGGACCGCGCCGAAGGACAUCAUCCUCAAGGUCGCCGGUAUCCUGACCGUCAAGGGUGGCACCGGUGCCAUUGUUGAAUACUUCGGCCCGGGCACCGAAUCGCUGUCUGCAACUGGCAUGGGAACGAUCUGCAACAUGGGUGCUGAAAUCGGUGCUACAACUUCGCUCUUCCCAUUCAACGACAGAAUGUACGACUACCUCGUUGCCACCAAGCGCAAGGCCAUCGGUGACCUCGCUCGCGAGUACGCUGCCGAACUCCACGAGGACGAAGGCGCCGAAUAUGACCAGCUCAUCGAGAUCGACUUGAACACGCUCGAGCCACACAUCAACGGCCCCUUCACCCCGGAUCUUGCCACUCCAAUCUCCAAGUUCAAGGACGCGGUCAAGGAGAAUGGCUGGCCAGAGGAGCUCAAGGUCGGUCUGAUCGGUUCUUGCACCAACUCUUCGUACGAGGACAUGUCUCGCGCUGCUUCCAUCGCCACGGAUGCCAUGGAGCACGGCCUCAAGUCAAAGGCCAUCUUCACCGUCACCCCAGGCUCCGAGCAGAUUCGUGCCACCAUCGAGCGUGACGGUCAGAUGAAGACCUUUGAAGAGUUCGGCGGCAUGGUCCUCGCCAACGCCUGUGGUCCUUGCAUCGGCCAGUGGGACCGCAAAGAUGUCAAGAAGGGUGAACCAAACUCGAUCAUCUCCUCCUACAACCGCAACUUCACCGGCCGUAACGACGCAAACCCGGCCACACACGCCUUCGUCACCUCGCCUGAUCUCGUCGUGGCCAUGAGCAUCGCUGGCAAACUCACCUUCAACCCGCUCACCGACACCCUGAAGGACAAGGACGGCAAGGAGUUCAAGCUCAAGGAACCGUCGGGUGACGGCCUUCCCAAGAACGGUUACGAUGCCGGCGAAAACACGUACCAGGCCCCACCGGCUGACAGAGAGUCCGUUCAAGUCAAGGUCUCGCCUACGUCGGACCGACUGCAGAUUCUGGAGAAGUUCGAGCCCUGGGAUGGCAAGGAUGCGCUCAACAUUCCCAUCCUGAUCAAGGCUAAGGGCAAGACGACCACGGACCACAUCUCAAUGGCCGGUCCUUGGCUGAAGUACCGUGGCCAUCUUGACAACAUCUCGAACAACAUGCUCAUCGGUGCCGUCAACGCGGCCAACGGCGAGGCGAACAAGGUCAAGAACCAGAUCACCGGCGAAUGGGGCCCCGUCCCAGCUACCGCCCGCGACUACAAGCAGAAGGGCAUCAAGUGGGUGGUCAUCGGUGACUGGAACUACGGCGAAGGUUCAUCCCGUGAACACGCUGCUCUUGAACCAAGACAUCUCGGCGGUUUGGCCAUCAUCACCAGGUCGUUCGCUCGUAUUCACGAGACGAACCUGAAGAAGCAGGGUAUGCUGCCACUCACCUUCACCAACCCGGAAGACUACGACAGAAUCAACCCAGACGACAAGGUCGACCUUCUGUGCACAGAACUCGCUGUCGGCAAGCCUAUCACCCUGCGCGUCCACCCCGCUGAUGGCGGCAAGCCUUUUGACAUCAAGCUCAGCCACACCUUCAACGAGGGUCAGAUCGAGUGGUUCAAGAACGGCAGCGCUCUCAACACCAUGGCUAAACAGGCCGCCGCCAAGGCAUAGACGCAUUUAGGGAUGUACCAUGUGUGUAUGUGUAUGAUCAAGAGAAAAAAAAAGCCGGUUGCAGAGAGAGACAGAGAGGGACGGGGGAAACCGAAUAAAUAAAAAAAAGAGGACGAAGAGUGAAACUUUUUCUUUAUAUUGUUAUGUGAGUGUGUGUGUGUGUGUGUGUGUUUUUGUGUUUGUGUGCAUCUCUCUCUUUGUGCUGGGAUACGCUUCCAAAGACUGAGAUGAUGAAACUCUGCGCUGUUUUGGCUGUUGCACAAGUACAUAGGAUUCUCCUUCCAUCUCUCGGUUCGUGAGAUCUGGCGUAGAACAUGACAAUGUGUAUGGUUCGUUUCCUUUUUUUUUCCCGCCCAACUUUUUUGCCACCUUUUUUUUUGGUCUUGU